AUGGAAAACGGGCAGUGUGCUGACGAGUAUGUGGCGUUCCUGUUCGUGCGUGCAGUGACCUUGGGGCCGAAGCUGUCGGAGACGGUGAAGGGGAAGCUUAGCCUGGGCGCGAGGAUCCUGCAGGCUGGCGGCGUGGAGCGGGUGUUCCGGCAGGCCUUCUCGGCCGAGAAGGGCGAGCGGCUGGUGAAGGCGCUGCAGUGCUACCUCUACACCACCAGCGGGCCCAUCGCCGGGAUGCUCUUCGUCUCCACCAGGAAGAUCGCCUUCCGCAGCGACCGGUCCCUCACCGUCACCUCGCCCGCCGGCGACGUCGCUCGGGUGCCGUACAAGGUGGUGGUGCCGCUGGGGAGGAUCAAGGGGGUGCAGCCGAGCGAGAACGCCGACAACCCGGAGCAGAAGUACAUACACAUGGCCACCGUGGACGGGUUCGAGUUCUGGUUCAUGGGCUUCGUGAGCUACCAGAGGUGCUGCAAGUACAUGCAGCAGGUCAUCUCCUCCCAGUUGUGA